GUUCAAUCUUCAUUUCCGUUGAAGGAGGUAGUCGGAGACUGAGAAUCAUCUGAGAGCGGAACGAUAAACCUAAUUUUACCGAAGAAUCGUCACCAUUAUGUGGAGGAGAAUCGUUUCAUCGCAUCUUAAAUCCAUCUCCGCCGGUUGGUCCUGCGCGGCUCCGUCGUGUAGACACGCCGUUGUGGAGACCACUCACCUUUCUCUCUCGACUCGUGCAUCCUCCAUUCCCGCAUAUUCCUCGGUUUUCUCUCGUCAAAUCGGCUCCACUGCAGCAGAUACUGCUGUGAAGAGGCGUGUUGAAGAUGUGAUGCCGAUAGCAACUGGUCACGAGAAAGAGGAACUAGAAGCCGAAUUGGAGGGAAGAAAGCUGGACGAUAUAGACUUUCCCGAGGGGCCUUUUGGAACAAAGGAAGCUCCUGCUGUAGUCAAAUCCUACUACGACAUGAGAAUAGUUGGUUGCCCUGGAGGUGAAGGAGAGGAUGAGCAUGAUGUUGUCUGGUUUUGGUUGGAGAAAGGCAAGCAUUUUGAAUGCCCUGUGUGUACACAGUACUUUAAGCUUGAAGUGGUUGGCCCUGGAGGACCUCCUGACGGACAUGGUGAUGACCAUCACUGAUCCAAGGAAACAAUCUAUUGUAAUAAAAAAGAGUAUGGCUUCUGAAAUGUGAAGCCUCGUCUUGUUCUUUUUUUUUUUUUAAGUUCACCCUCAGUGCUCUACCAAUUGCUUCAGCGAUUGCCUUAAACCGACGAAAAUAGGAUGGUCCAUCUUCAGGCUCUCGUCGCCAUUUUUGCCAAAUAAUUGAGAUGCUACCUUCGUUCUUUCUCCUUAUGCUCUUCGAACGAUGUGUUUUUCUAUGUAAUUUUCAAAUUAAAAUUGAGGAAAAAAGAUAGUUAGCUGCA